AUGUGGAACACGUACCACGUUGCGGCUGAGGAAGACUCCUGUUCCACGCCGUGUACCAACAUCACCGUGUUGGCUCCUGCCGGGCCGCCCGGACCUAAAGGGGCCAUGGGACCGAGAGGCCUCAGGGGGCGAUGGGGUAUGCAUCACCAGGCGGACAGAGGCAAGCCUCGGCCGGGCCCCGCAGGUGAGAAAGGUACGAGAGGUGCCCGAGGUAAGAAAGGUGAGCCAGGUGCUACAGGACCUCCAGGUGCGAGGGGACAGAAAGGCGAGGCGGGCGAGGCAGGUGCGAAGGGGGGGAGAGGUCACCCGGGGAGGCCCUGUACGGGAGGAUCCAGCUGUAACACCCUGUCUGGUUCCAGUUUCGUGGCGUUCUCCGCCACUCUGAGAGUCCGGAUCCUGAACGCCCCCGAGAACACCAUCGUUACAUUCGACAUCGUCCACACCAACGAGGGCGACGCCUACAACCGGACGAGCGGGAAGUUCUCGCCAAUGGUGAGCGGCUUCUACAUGUUGACCUACACGGGGAUGACCACCAGCGUGGCCGGGUCCGCCUACUGGAGCCGGCUGAAGAAGAACGGCGAGGAGAUAGUCAGCCUGUACGACAGGUCCUACGGCGACCACCUCUCCAGUUGCAACAGCGCCAUCUUGCGGCUGCAGCCUGGGGACGAGGUGUGGGUAGAGUUGGACGGAAAGUCGUCCAUGUGGAGCGACCCGGGCGGUUACGUCUCGUUCUCAGGGUUCCUUAUCCAUCCAGACUAG